UCGUCUCUCCAGGCUUAGAGAGAGAGAGCUCAGUGGGUUCUACACCCAGCGCGCCGAAACAGAAGCGAGGGAGUUGUUACCUGUGAACAUAAACGCUAAAGAAUUCUCCACAUGAAGUUUUAUGUGGCAAAAAAUGGCUUGCUGAAAUCAGUGUGGAUGCUUCCAAUGGCCUUUACACAAGUACAGCCUGUGUGUUUAGCUCAGUUUCUGAGAAGAACAAACCGUCUCUCUCAUAUAAGUAAUAUCGUUAAGGAUCGAGUCUAUGACUGCACUUCCUCUGCUCUGCGGUUCUACAGCCCACUACCCUCGAUCUCAAAAAAGAAACUUCGAAUUUUAGUAAAUAAAAUUCACCCAGCGUAUGAGACACAAAACUUUGUGGGAUACCAGUCUUCCUUUAAGUCACUGUAUUCAACAAAUCGGCAACUAUCCAUGAAGGACCCGAGCAGCCAGCCCACCAUCUGUAAAUCUAAAGCACCAUCGUCCAUCGUGGAGGCCACAACCACUGUGGACAUGUGGUCACUCAGCCUUGGAGCUGUGGGUGCUGCCGUUGCUGGCAUAAUUCUGGUUAACACAGAUUUUUUCCUGACCAAGCCUGAAAUUGCUAGGCUAGAGUAUCUGGAGGAUGCUGACCUCAAAACCACUGAAGGAGAUGAGAAGGUAUUUAAAGCUCGGACUCUGUGGGAGACAUCUGGAGUAGUGAUCAUGGCUGUACGGAGGCCUGGAUGAUUUUUGUGCAGAGAGGAAGCUGCUGAGCUAUCCUCUCUGAAGCCCCAGCUGGACAAGCUUGGGGUUCCUUUGUAUGCUGUGGUCAAAGAGAACAUUGGUACAGAGGUUCAUGAUUUCAAACCACACUUUGCUGGCGAUGUCUUCGUGGAUGAGAAGCAAGUGUUCUAUGGUCCUGCCCUGAGGAAAAUGGGUGGUCUUGGCUUCAUUCGUCUGGGAGUUUGGCAGAACUUCAUAAGGGCCUGGAGGGCAGGUUACCAGGGAAACAUGAAUGGAGAGGGCUUCAUCCUGGGAGGGGUGUUUGUCAUUGGAUCUGGCAAGCAGGGAGUUCUUCUGGAACAUCGGGAGAGGGAGUUUGGAGACAAAGUCAGUAUUGAGUCUGUUUUGGAGGCAGCUAAGAAAAUAGUAGCUACAUAGACAUUAAAUAGAUUAGUUUUUGCAUGCUUAGUGAUCUAAUGAUAAGACAAUUAUAAGACACAAUUCAAACAUGUAUAUAUUUUAGAACUAACAGAUCAAGAAUUCAUACGUCUAACCUCAUUGCUUCAUCUAAUGUUGUGAAUGCUCGGUUUCUGCUGAAAUGAUACAAGGAUGUCAUCUUGCAGACAAAAGUGCAGUGUGUCUCACUAAUGGUGUCUACCGUUGCAUCAUUUGCACCAUUCAGAUACAUAGUCCUUGAUAUUUGUGUACUGUUCUUUUGCACAUUAGAAGUUAUUGCAUUGAGCUCUUCACGAAGUUAGGUUCUGCUUGAUGUCUUCUGCAAGGCUGUGGCUUGGUUUGUAUGUUUUUAUGAUGGUCUGACUUCAAAAUCCUUGGGGAACAAGCAGACUUGAAGCUUCACAUGCAUUCUGGCUCACCAGCUUUUGCUUAAUGGGCAGUCAAAGAUCAUGAAACAAGUGGAGUGUACUAUUUUACAAUAAAAAAAAAAAAUUAAAAACCCAA